AUGGUUCUGAACGUGAUGGUUCUGAACAUGAUGGUUCUGAACCUGAUGGUUCUGAACGUGAUGGUUCUGAACGUGAUGGUUCUGAACGUGAUGGUUCUGAACCUGAUGGUUCUGAACGUGAUGGUUCUGAACGUGAUGGUUCUGAACGUGAUGGUUCUGAACGUGAUGGUUCUGAACGUGAUGGUUCUGAACCUGAUGGUUCUGAACGUGAUGGUUCUGAACGUGAUGGUUCUGAACCUGAUGGUUCUGAACCUGAUGGUUCUGAACCUGCAUCAUGUUGUGAACUGCGUUUGUUUAAUGUCCCCAUCACCUGCUGUUUAUGUGAAGAGCAGAGCAGAGCAGACGCAGAGCAGACAGAGCAGACGCAGAGCAGACAGAGCAGACGCAGAGCAGACAGAGCAGACGCAGAGCAGACAGAGCAGACGCAGAGCAGACAGAGCAGACGCAGAGCAGACAGAGCAGACGCAGAGCAGACAGAGCAGACGCAGAGCAGACAGAGCAGACGCAGAGCAGACAGAGCAGACAGAGCAGACGCAGAGCAGACGCAGAGCAGACGCAGAGCAGACAGAGCAGACGCAGACAGAGCAGACAGAGGAGACAGAGCAGACGCAGAGCAGACGCAGAGCAGACAGAGCAGACGCAGACAGAGCAGACGCAGAGCAGACAGAGCAGACGCAGAGCAGACAGAGCAGACGCAGAGCAGACGCAGAGCAGACAGAGCAGACGCAGAGCAGACGCAGAGCAGACGCAGAGCAGACGCAGAGCAGACGCAGAGCAGACAGAGCAGACGCAGAGCAGACGCAGAGCAGACAGAGCAGACGCAGAGCAGACAGAGCAGACGCAGAGCAGACAGAGCAGACGCAGAGCAGACGCAGAGCAGACGCAGAGCAGACGCAGAGCAGACAGAGUAGACGCAGACAGAGCAGACGCAGAGCAGACAGAGCAGACGCAGACAGAGCAGACGCAGAGCAGACGCAGAGCAGACAGAGCAGACGCAGAGCAGACAGAGCAGACGCAGAGCAGACGCAGAGCAGACGCAGAAGAGCUGUUUUGGUGAUCCGUGUUCAUCUGUCGGAUGAGAGUUCUAAAACCAUGAUGGUGGAUGAGCGGCAGACGGUCAGACAGGUUCUGGACAGUCUGCUGGACAAGUCUCACUGUGGGUAUAGUCCGGACUGGUCUCUGGUGGAAACCAUCAACGAGCUGCAAAUGGAGCGUGUCUUUGAGGACCAUGAGAACCUGGUGGAGAACCUUCUGAACUGGACCAGAGACAGUCAGAACCGACUCAUGUUCACGGAGCGCAUCGAGAAGUACGCGGUCUUCAAGAACCCUCAGAACUAUUUGCUGGGGCGGAAGGAGACGUGUGAGAUGACGGAGAGGAACAAAGAGGCGCUGCUGGAGGAGUGUUUUGGAGGAACGUCGGUGUCUGUUCCUGAGAUGGAAGGAGUUCUCUGGCUCAAAGAAGAUGGGAAGAAAUCGUGGAAGAAGCGAUAUUUUUUGCUUAGAGCGUCUGGUAUUUACUAUGUGCCCAAAGGAAAGGCCAAGGCGUCCAGAGACCUGGUGUGUUUCCUGCAGUUGGACCAUGUCAAUGUCUACUUUGGUCAGGACUAUAAAAGCAAAUACAAAGCCCCCACAGACUACUGCAUGGUGCUCAAGCAUCCUCAGAUCCAGAAGAAGUCUCAGUACAUCAAGUACCUGUGCUGCGACGACGUCCGCACGCUGCAGCAGUGGAUCCACAGCAUCCGCAUCGCCAAGUACGGGAAGCAGCUGUACCUGAACUACCAAGAGGCCGUGAGACGCUCUGAGGCGGCGUACGACUGGUCCUCUCUGUCUUCUUCAUCCAUAAAGUCUGGGUCCAGCUCCUCCAGCCUCCCAGAAUCCCAGUCCAACCAUUCGAGCCAAUCAGACAGCGGCGUGUCCGAGCUGGCCUCGAGCCACACCCGCUCCCAGAGCGCCGUCAGCUCCAUCUUCUCUGACGCCUGGAGGAGAGGGACCCAGGGAGAGAUGAUGAGGAUGGACCCGAUCAGUCGACCCAUCCCAGUCCAGAUCCCAACACUGUCCUCGCAGCCGCUGUCUCUGUCCCAGCCCAGCACGCCUCGCACGAGCUACACAGAAGAACUCAACUCCGACGAGAGCACGCCGUCUCCCCCGUCGCCCCCACCCCCUCCGCCCCCGCCCCCCGUGGAGGCCGUGGCCCCCCAGCCGCCCGCCGUGUCUCCCUACAUCAAAUACAGCACACUGGCUCGCCUCCAAAGCCAAAACCAAGCGAGGCCCGUGGUGGUCCUCAACGCCAUGUCCGCGCCUUCCAGCAAAUCCAACUACAACACGCUUCCAGCCGGAUACGACGCCGCUCCGCCGCCUCAGCCCCCGUCCCCCCCCCCUCCACCGCCUCUGGCCGCGCCCGCACCCGGAUCAGCCAUGGCCAUGUUGAAGUACGGUUCGCCAAGCCCCUCCGCCGCUCUCCCCCCACCCCCGCCCAUCGAGGAGAUUCCCCAUGAGCCCUCCUACCUGCCCCCCCCUCCUCCAGAGUGUGUUGAGGAGAACGGACUGCCCCCCCCACCGCCGCCGGGUCAGAAUCCCUGCUCCCAGCUCUCCAACGCCGGUUUGCAACAAUUCUUGGCACAAAAGUUUCCCAACAUGAGUUACGACUUCUGCCAAAAUGAUGAAAACAGCACACACCUGGCGCCCGGGUUGUCUCCGCCCGCCACGCUCCCAAAUCUUAGACCGGUGUCGCCCAAUGCCCCGCCCCCAGCGCCGCCUAAAACCUUCACGAGUCCGUUCCCGCCACAAUCCGCACGCAAACUUUCAGGCCCGGCGUCUCUCCCAAUGGCUCUCUCGCCCGUGUCUCCCACGCCGCCGUGCAACGCUCACGGGUCGUUCAAAAAGCAGCAGAGCUUCUCGACGGGACACUCGCCAAACCAGCCCCCGCCCACGCUCCCCAAACAGCACAGCCUGUCCUCCAAGAACCUCAGCGCUCUGUCUCCGUCCGCAUCAUCAGCGUCGGUGUCAAUCGCUGCUGCUACGUCCUCAUUGGUUAAACAGAUCGUCAAUCAGUUUCCUGGACACUCCCCGCCCUCUUCUCUGCCCUCGUCCAAUCACACGGAGGGGUGCAGGUCCGGUGCCCCCCAGUCUCCUCCAGCCGUCAAAGCCAAACCCAAGUGGCAGCCUGGGGGGGUCGUGCAGUCUCCAGAGUUUCCACCUCCGCCCAAUGAGAACUUCCCGCCUCCUCCUGCCUCCAACAGCUCCUCCAAAACUGGAUCUCCGAUUAAGAAGUCUCCCUCUUCUUCUUCCAGCGGCUCAAACAAGCGAGGGCCGCCCCCGACCCCCCAGCGAGCCUCGUCCAUGCGAGAAGGACAGGAAGAAAGGCCCAAAAAGGUCGAAAGUCUCGUGAAUAAGUUUGGCCAAAGUGUUCAAACCGGGACGUCCUCGACUUCAUCAUCGGUGACUGGGUCUCCCUCAAAGGAGGCGUCUGCUCCCUCUGCUCCUCCCAAACCUGGGAAACUGAACUUGGCCAAUCUGCCUUUAGCUCUGCAGGGGAUCCAGACUGGACCGCAGACUGGACCGCAGACUGGACCGCAGACUGAGUUCCCCACUCCUCCUCCCCCACCUCCUCCUCCUCAGCCGCUGCACAUCGACUCGCCCGAUUACUUUCCUCCUCCCCCCAGUGACUUUGAGCUCUUCCCUCCCCCUCCUCAUCCGUCUGAGUUCCAUCCUCCGCCUAAAGUCGCGGUGGUGAAUCCUCAGCCUCAAACGCAGCAGAAUCCAGCCUCAUGGAAACAAAGCUCCCUGAAGAAAGGAGCAGUGCCUCCGCCAACGCUGUCGAGGCGCAGCAGUAACACGGCACAGUUUGACUCUGCUCCUUUAAUGCCUCUUUCUCCUCCGCCCAUGUCCCAAACGCCACCUCCUUCCUUAACAUCCUACUCCUCCUCUUCCUCCCCUGUGCCUCCCACUUCUCCCAAAUCUGUGGGUCCUGCAACUCUCACACUGAAGACCAACUUCCUGGAAGACCUGAACCGCACUCUGAAAAGGAAGUCCGUGUCACGCCACGGCUCGCUCACCUCCUCCCACCUCAUCACCUCCUCCAAGAUGGAGCCUAUGACCACCAUGGACGACAUGGCCCUGCUCCCCCCUCCCCCCCCGGAGCUGAUGCAGCAGGGCAGCCGUGGCCACUCCAAGACUCUCUCCCGUCACCACACGCACUCCCAGUCCGCCAAAAACGCCAACAUCUCAGGCUAUGCAACGCUGCGGCGAGGUCCGCCUCCUGCUCCGCCCAAAAGGGACCAAAGCACCAAACUGACCAGUGACUGGUGA